GCAGCCGUGACACACCGCACUUCGCAGAAGCUGAAAAAGCAAACUUUGCAUCGUCCUCUGUUUAAGCCCUUACUUUUCCUCCUCCGAACAGGCUCCACGAUCGCCGACAAUCUCUGUGUUUUCUACCAAUUCCAUGGCGUCCGAAUCGAAUUCCAGAAAUGGAGUCCAAGUUGAUAAUACUCUUCAGUCUAUCUGCUACAACCGUGGCUCGCUUAAGUUACUCGAUCAGCUCUUUUGAUUCGAGUCAUACCCUUUUGUUAUCAGAGAACAAACGUAUAGAUUUUAUAGGGUAGAUUCUUUCAUGGAAGCUGCUUGAAGUUAUGCAAUAAGAUUGAAAGGAAUGAUGGUAAUAGAACUGUAUUCAAUUUAAAAAGAGGAACUUCUUAGGUUUCUUUGAUAUUUGGUGAUGGGUCAUAAACAGGAUAGCUUUCCAUUUCCCAAAUCCCUCUCCACCAUCCGUCUCAAGGUUUGAACUUGAGAAUUUCAACUUGAAGUCUUAAGCUCUUGACUUAACCAUUUAGACACCUUGAGGGUAGGAACUUCUUAGUUGAUUAAUUGCGUCUAUUUACUUGAACUAUGAUUGUUAUUGAACAGAGAAAGCUUCCUCUGGAAACUAUAUACUUGGUUAUUCAAGAUGCAACAGAUGGGUGGUAAUAUAUCCUAACUCCCCUUGUCAAGUAUCUAGCUUUUACGUUUUUAUAGUUUUCUCCAUGCCUAUUUAUUGGCUAAUAGUGUGAUACUCAGCUAGAAUUCCAAAUUAUAUCAUUUUCUUGUCUUAGGAAUGCCAUUCGGGACAUGGUGGUCCGUGGGGCACCUGCUAUCGCCAUUGCAGCGGCCCUUUCCCUUGCUGUAGAAGUUUCUAACUUGAAGGACUUUAGUGGAACUUCUGAUUAUGCUGCGUCUUUCAUUUCAAUAAAAUUGGAAUAUCUCGUUUCAAGUCGCCCAACUGCAGUGAAUCUUGCAGAUGCUGCUACAAAACUUAGAGAAGUUGUAUUAAAGGCUGCUGCAGCUUCUACAGAAAGCGAGGCUGUUUUCCAGGCUUACAUUGAAGCUGCGGAACUUAUGCUUAAGGAUGAUGUUGCUUCAAACAAAGCAAUUGGGUCUUAUGGUGCGAGUUUCAUUCAGCAGCAUCUGGAAAACUCAAAGAGGUUUUCAGUCUUGACCCAUUGCAACACUGGAAGUCUUGCAACAGCUGGGUAUGGUACUGCCCUUGGUGUGAUUCGUGCCCUUCAUGCUAAGGGAGUGUUGGAAAGGGCCUAUUGCACAGAAACACGUCCAUUCAAUCAGGGUUCUCGACUCACAGCUUUUGAAUUAGUACAUGAGAACAUACCUGCAACUCUGAUAGCCGAUUCUGCUGCAGCUGCACUAAUGAAAGAUGGUCGUGUGAGUGCUGUCAUUGUAGGAGCUGAUCGUGUGGCGUCAAAUGGUGAUACUGCUAACAAGAUUGGAACAUACAGCCUUGCCUUAUGUGCAAAUUAUCAUAAAAUCCCAUUUUAUGUUGCUGCACCACUGACUUCCAUCGAUUUAUCCCUUUCUUCUGGGGAAGAAAUUAUAAUAGAGGAAAGAUCUCCAAAGGAAUUGUUGAACUCGCGUGGGGGACUUGGGGAACAGAUUGCUGCAUCAGGAAUCUGUGUCUGGAACCCAGCUUUUGAUGUCACCCCAGCUAAUCUAAUAGCCGGAAUCAUAACAGAGAAGGGUGUAAUUACAAGGACAGCUGCUGAUGCUUUUGACAUACAAGAUUUCAUAGAGAAGACAGCCACCUUGUCUUUGGCAUAAGGGAAGCAUCCCCAUUUAUCCUAUCGGGCAAACUGAUACCUUUAAGUUGGAAGAAAUAUAGUGAGAAUCAGCUUGCCAUUGAUCCUUGGUUGCAAGUUGUGCUGAUUGUAACUUUGCCUAAAUAAUUAAGCUUGCCAUUUUAUAUGGCAUUCCUUGUGAAUUUUGAGCUCUGACUCUUUUGAGUGUCACAUUUUAAAGGCUGUAAACAGUAAGGCUGUUAAUAAAAGAGUAAUUGAUAU